AUUUUAUUAUUGCUAGUACUGGACAAUCACCAGAGAUAUUAGAAGGGACAGGGACUUCAAAAAGCCCUCCAUUAAUUUAAUUUAAUGCAAAAAAAAAAAAGCAAAUGAGAGAGAACAUUUUUAUUUAUUAAAAAAAAAGGGAGACAUGAAGCAGAUCAGGUAUUUAUAAGCACUUGUACCUCUGCAAUGAUGAACUACUCACUUGCCUAAAGAAAGCGAACUACUGCAGCAAGUGGAGGAAGAAGAAAGAAUAAGAGGAAACAGAAGAGAAAAAGAAGCUUAUUAACGUUUACAAUCCCCUUCUGGGUUUUCCCCCCCUUUUCUCCAGGGUGUCUCCUAUGAGUUGUUAUGAUACGGAUAAGCAGUUCAAAAAUCAAAUUCCUCCAUUUUUUUUCUUUCCUAUUUUUCCUCUCUUCAUGGUUUGACUAAUUUCGAAGUCCUAGCUUAGCCCCUGUUCUUUCUAUUUCCUUGCUUAUUUCACGCGUUGUCGUUGUUCUUCUUCUUAUUAUUAUUAUUAUAAUAUAGUUUCAACAAGUCUCUCAGCCCUCCCCCUCCUUGUAUCUCUAUAUAUACACAAAAACCCUGAUCCUCUGCGUACCAAAGAAACGAAGAAGCUUGGCUAUUGGGUUUGUUUUGAUUGGUUUAGUUUGGUAUUAUUAGCAUGGCAGAGGAGAGAAUGAUAGUUGUGAGAGAGUUUGAUCCGAGCAGAGAUCGAGUGGGUGUUGAAGAAGUGGAGAGAAGAUGUGAGGUUGGUCCCAGCGGGAAGCUCUCUCUCUUCACCGACCUCUUGGGUGACCCAAUUUGCAGGGUCCGCCACUCCCCUGCUUUCCUCAUGCUGGUGGCUGAGUUGGGUGAGGAGAUAGUGGGUAUGAUAAGAGGUUGCAUCAAAACCGUUACCUGUGGCAAAAAGCUUUCUAGACACGUCAAAAUCGCCGCCACCUCCACCACCGCCACCACCAAUAACAAUGACCCUCCAAAACCUCUCCCUGUCUACACUAAACUCGCUUACAUCUUAGGCCUGCGCGUUUCUCCUUCCCAUCGGAGAAUGGGAAUAGGCUUAAAACUGGUGCGCACCAUGGAGGACUGGUUUCGUGAAAACGGCGCUGAAUAUUCCUACUUGGCAACGGAAAACGACAAUCACGCUUCCGUUAAGCUGUUCACCGACAAAUGCGGUUACUCAAAGUUCCGUACGCCUUCAAUUCUCGUUAACCCGGUCUUUGCUCACAGACUUGCCGUUUCCAAAAGAAUCACCAUCUUCCAACUCGCCCCUCACGAUGCGGAAUUGCUCUAUCGUAGCCGUUUCUCCACCAUAGAAUUCUUCCCCCGCGACAUUGACUCGGUGCUUAAUAACAAACUCAGCUUGGGCACCUUCUUGGCCGUGCCACGUGGCAAAUAUAAAUCAGAUUCCUGGCCCGGGUUUGAUAAGUUUUUGUCCGACCCACCUGACUCUUGGGCCGUGCUAAGCGUGUGGAACUGUAAGGACGUGUUUACACUGGAAGUCCGUGGAGUGUCGAUCGUAAAGCGCGCGUUUGCUAAAACGACGAGAAUGGUUGACAAGGCGUUGCCGUUUUUAAGGUUGCCAUCGGUGCCCGAGGUGUUCAGGCCGUUUGGGUUGCAUUUUUUGUAUGGUCUUGGAGGUGAAGGCCCACGCGCGGUGAAAAUGGUAAAGGCGCUUUGUGCGCACGCGCAUAACCUGGCGAAGGAGCGUGGUUGUGGUGUGGUGGCUACGGAGGUGUCGAGUCGCGAACGACUUAAGUUAGGAAUUCCACACUGGAAAAUGCUAUCGUGCGCUGAGGACUUAUGGUGCAUCAAGAGGCUGGGGGAAGACUACAGUGACGGGUUCAUCGGUGACUGGACCAAAUCACCCCCUGGCGUGGCCAUUUUUGUGGACCCUAGAGAGUUCUAGACUUGUAAAAGUCAUAUCAAAGAAGAAAAUAUAAAAAAGCUAAAUUAAUAGAGGUACAACACAAAGGCAAAAUAAAAAAAAGCCUUUUUUUUAUAUUAUUUCUUCUUUAUUUUUGUGUUUUUAUUAGGGGUUUUAAUGUGGAGGAUUUUGGCCUUGGGGGAUUGAAAAAGAGGGAAUUAGAAGCUAUGGGUUUUUGUUGUAGGGAGGAAUAUCCCGACUUUUGUUUACUUGUCAACUUUUUGUAAAUGGAUUUGGCUUUUUAGAUCCUCAAGAAGCCAAACGGAGCCUUAGUUUGAUAUGUGAAUGGUUUAUCUACCUUCUUUA